GCAGCGUGUCCCCCAGAACAUGUAAACAAAACUUGCAGAUAAUAACACAGACUUGACGUACUUAACAAGAAGUUCAUAAGCCAUUGAUAAUCCACAGGCAAGAGGUGCAGCCCUUUACGCACAACGGCAAUGGAAGUGGAGACAAACCCCACGGGCAUCCCCCUCCUCGGGAAGCCACAGACUCCCGAGGAUCUGAAGACAAGUGCUUACACCAGCCAGAUCGUGGAGGAGAUACUAGAGACAAACAGCCACAUGGCUAACGGCAUCGGGUUAGAGAAGGAGGCCCUCAAGGAAACGGAAACAACAGCCAAUGCGAAGGAGACGGACACAAAGGAAAUGAAGAAGCAGGAAGAAGACAAAUGUGAGACUGAGACCAAGGAAAAGGAGCACAAGAAUGAGGAGAUGACAGACACGGCUGAGGAGCGCAAGAGCGAAGAGAGUAAAUCCCAGGUGACGGGAGAAGAGGAAGACCAGUUGGAGGAACUCAAGAAGUACAACUAUAAUGUGCCUGAAGGAACAUCAAGCCAUGUGAAAGAUAAAAUUGAUGAACAUUUUGAUAAGUACCCUUGGGUCUUAGGUGCUCUCGGUCGACUAUUCAAUUUGAGCACCGGCUAUGGGCCCAAGUUUGCGCCAAUUAACAUCCCCCUGCAAAGACGUCUACAGACCUUCGCCGUCCUCUUCUGGAUGUCGACGUUCCUCUUCAUGGGGGCCGGGUCCUUCUGCUUCCUGUUGUACUUGUUCUUCUUCACUCAGUACUGGUGGAUUUCUUUGUGCUACUUCACUUGGUACCUUGGAGACCGAACUGUCUGUAACAGAGGUGGAAGAAGAUGGCACUGGAUGCGCUCGUGGACUCUGUGGAAGCACUACAAGGAAUUUUUCCCUGUCCACUUAAUCAAGACUGCUGAACUCGACCCCUCAAAGAAUUACAUCAUGGGCUACCACCCCCAUGGCAUUCUCUCAGCCGGAGCAUUCUGCCAUUUUGCAACCGAGGGAACAGAUUUCAGUAAGACUUACCCAGGAUUCACCCCACACCUGCUUACUCUGGAGGGACAUUUCCACCUCCCCUUCUACCGAGAGUUCUUCAUGGCUUCUGGUGCCGUAAGUGCCACUCGAGAGAGCAUGGACUACCUCUUGGGUCGUGAGGGUUCUGGUCGUGCCCUCUGUCUGGUUGUGGGUGGGGCAAAGGAGGCGCUUGAUUGCCAUCCUGGACAAGUAAUUCUGCACCUGAGCAAGCGCAAGGGCUUCUGCAAGAUGGCCCUGAGACAUGGAGCCUCACUUGUACCCAUGUUCUCCUUUGGUGAGAAUGAUGUCUAUGACCAAAUUGCCAAUCCCGAAGGAUCACUUAUCCGUCGCAUCCAGAACAACGUGCAGAAGAUGAUAGGCCUGGCCCCCUGCAUGUUCAUCGGCCGGGGAGUGUUCCAGUACAGCUUUGGUAUUGUGCCAUUCCGCAAGCCCAUAUACACAGUGGUUGGUUCCCCCAUUGACGUUCCCCUCGUCAAAAAUCCCACGAAGGAACAGAUCGUGAACUUGCACGAGACUUAUGUGAACGCUGUCGUUGAUUUGUAUAAUAAGUACAAAGGUCGGUAUUCUGAGCAUCCAGAGUGCAAGAUCACCAUUGUUUGAGGAAUCCAAGUGUUAUAUACAUAUAUAUAUGUCUCCAAUGUAAUUUGAGAGCUGUUGUUAUUGCAAAUGUUUUUGUUCUGUGCUUGUUAUAUGGUCAGUUUUUAUUUUUCAUUUUUUAAUGCCAACAAAAAGGUGAGACACAAAUUAGUUCAAAGUUACCUUCAUUAUAAACUAUACUAGGUUAAAGUUAUUUUUCUAAUGUAUAAGAUUUCUUCCCUCUGGCUGUGACCAAAUGUGCUAUGCUUUCAGUAGCAAAUUCCAUAUGGAACAAAAAUUUAUAUUGAUAUUAUAUAGACCAGAGUAAAAAUAAUUGUUAAAUUGGAUCUCAUAACAUGUUUUUGUUUUUAUUUACAUAUAUUGAUUAUUUGUUCAACAUAAGCAUGUAUAAAUUUCAAUAAAUUUGUUUAUGAUAGUG